GCAAUGUCUUCCUCCAAUCACCACUUUGAGGAGAAUACCUUUGCGAAUUUAACCUAUUGCGAUAACUGCUCAAAGCUAUUAUGGGGUCUGGCAAAGCAGGGUCUUGAAUGCUCAGAAUGUCAUUACGUUUGCCAUAAUAAAUGCGCUGCUUCCGCUCCCAGCUGCCAAUCCGUCAAAGCAAAUCCACCUUCACGACCCAACGGUGGGGAUUCACCGACGCCCAAGGCUCCCAAGAGUCCGACUAUGACCGACUCACCAGCUGCCAACUCGCUUCGCCAGAUACAAAACGCUGACCAGCAACGGGGGAAGAUAAGCAAGCACAAAUCUAACGCGUCCGUUAGAUCGGUUUCUUCGCAAUCAGGUUUCGAUUCCGACUCCUCUUUACAUGAUUCGCAUAAAGAUGAAGUAAAUAAAUCACCCGCCGCUUCAAGUACCCCUGAGCCAUCACCCGACUUUACUCACCACCUCAAAGAUGUUAUCAUGUCAAGCGCCGUCAAUGCAAGCUCAGAGGACAUAUACGCACCUGCCAUGUUGUAUCUGAAGUCCCAGCCACCUCUAAAUGCGCAGACGACUACGCGAAAUUUUACCCGGUUCGCAUCUAAAUGCGGAGCCAUCUUUGCGUUUCGAGAUGCUAUCAUUCGCCUCAUAAGCUGGGAGAAUACUGCUGACACGUUGCUGGCAAUGGUCGUUUGGUGUGUAAUUUGCUUUUAUCCUGUGCUCGUCGUCUUCGGACCUCAGUUACUGCUCUUACGUUUGAUAAUUGCGAAAUUCUAUAUAAAAUACGGAAAGUAUGAUAGUGGUGAACCACUCACCGACGAGCCCGAAUCAGACGAAAAAAUGAAUGUCAAGUCCUCUGCUACAAACAGCGCUCAAGCUUCACCCAUUCAGCAGCGACCGUCAAGCAAACGAACUUUGAGCGGAUUUGGAUUGUCAUCUGUUUUAUUCGCUUCAGAUGAUGCUUCUCCAGAAUAUCUAAGCAACUUGAAAAACCUUCAGAACAUGAUGGGUGAAUUCAGCGAUGGAUAUGACUUGGUCAUGGGCAAUGCCAGUCACUUUGAUUGGUCUUCCGAGACCGAGACCAUGUACCUGUUACAAGCCAUUUUGAUCUCCAUGUUUGCACUUGCAGUUGGCAUAUGGGUCAUCCCGUGGAGACUCGUUUUCAUGUUUGGCGGACUAUCGGUGUUCUUCUACAAUACCAAGUUCGUGCAAUUGGUCUUGCGUGAUAUUGGGCCAGAUCUAGCUCGUCAUUCAGAGCAAUUUGUCAAGACAUUGGGUGUAUGGUACCGUAGCUUGGAGGAAACUGCAGCGGAGCAAGGAGAGUUCAAGGAAGCCUCGCUUUAUGAGAAUCAGCGCUGGUGGCCCGGUAGUGGUUUCACUCCUCAAAUGCUUCGAAUGGAACGUGGCCCUUGGUCGGAUAUCUCCGGCACUAUACCUUUACCUACCAAGUAUGAAUACAAGCCGCCUGCUGGAUACAAAUGGGAGGAUAGUGAUUGGACGCUUGAUAGGACAGGACCAUGGAAGCAAAAUUUUCUUGGAGUUGAUGCAUGUUGAUCCAGAUGAAGGGGGUUGGGUAUAUAGCAAUUCAGAAUGGGAACCACUUUUUAAGAAGAAGGAUGGUGGCGAUGGCAGCAAGCGAGAUUUGACUCGUCGACGACGAUGGAUUCGUAGUGCUAGACGUCUUACGCGAGAAGAACGACUGG